AUGGCGAUGGCGAGUUUAGCAAGGAGAAAGGUAUUUUCUUUGAUUGGCUUUGAGUCAUCGGGUCAUCAUCGGCGGCGGUUACGUGGCAUCGAUCAAGGCGGCUCAGCUUGGUCUCGAAAAACAUGUAUCGAGAAGGGCCGGCGCACUCGGUGGCACUUGUCUCAACGUCGAAUGCAUUCCCUCAAAGCUCUCUCCGGCGUCAAGAGUAAGCUUUUACUAUCCGCAAAGAAAGCUAGGAAAGCGACAGGGGCGGAGUUUGUUGUAUCGUUGUCCAGGAAUGACUUCUCGAGGAGUAGCAGUAAUUACAUAGGAAAACUGAGGUCUAACUUAGUGAUUCCCUGUCUAAUUUCUGUCCACCGAGUUUACCAACCAAGGAAUCCAGAAGAUGAAGAAGAAUCCGUUGAUGGAUUUCUGCUCAGGGAACUUAGGAGGAGAGUAAAAACAAGUCGCCGAGAUGACACGAGCAACUCCAAUGCUGGUGUCUAA